AUGGAGCAGCAAAAUCGUCUCGCGGCAGCUGCCGCAGAGGAGACACAGAAGCGACAGGCCACAAAGAUUCGUCGUGCUGAACACUCGCUUGAAGAGGUUUUGCGACGUAUGGCCGCGAUGGAGGACGAGGUACGACAGAAGAAUGCCACCCAAAGAGAUGGCUACAUGGAGGCCAGGGUCAACAGUUUGGAGCAGACACAGGAAGCCUUGGAUGCAGACCUCCGUGCUUUGCAGGCCAGCCUCGAAGAUGGGAUGCGCGAUGCCAAUCAGGAAAGCGCUGACCUGCAAGGGGCAGAUGUCUUCGAGGUAGUCCGCAAGUCGGAGAUGGGCCUUUCUGCACUGGACCGGAAGGUGAGCAACCAAGUGGAGGACCUUUCCUCUUCUGUUGCGAGUCUCCGUGUGAAAGUGGAUGGCCUGCUGAGUCGAGUUGGAGGCUUGGCGGAGCGAAUCGAGACGGCCCAUGAGCCCGCGGUCGAGUCGCUUCGUUUGGAGCUCUCGCAGGCCCGACAACAGGAGCGGCGUGAGCUCGACACAGAGCUGCAAACCUUCAAAAACCGGUUGCAACAGGCGCAAGACUCCAACGAGGAGGCAUGUGGAGAGCUCCGUGAGGCGCUUCGCCAGAGCCGUUCGGAGGUCGCGGCGUUGAGCUACCGGCCAGACAUCCAACAGGACAACUCAUGGAUGCGCACCACGGAGGAAAGGCUGGCAGGGCAUGAGCAGGACUUGUUUGACCUGCGGGAGCGCUUGGAGCUGGUGCAGGCAGAUGGGACGGUGGACGGCAAGACCAUGCUGAUGAAACCGGCGGAGGACAUAGAUGACUUGCGCCGACGCCUGGAGUGGUUGGAGGAGCAUGGCUCUGCUGCAGCAGACAAGGCAGACUCCAGCAGAAUCUCACAGGUCCAGAACAGUCUCUGCGACCUCGUGGAACAGGUUUCCAGGCUCAAGCAACAGGCAGCUUCUUCAGAAGCAAAUGCCAACUCCUGGCAGCAACAGGUGAAACAAAUACAUAGUCUCAUCGAAAGAAGACAGAGCGAGGAAUCAGCGUCCAUGCGUGUCACCAACGAGGUGGAGGCCAAGGUUGGUGCGUUGUCUGCGCAAGUCGCCGACAUGGCAGCAAGGAUGUUGGAGGGCAGCUUGGAUUUCGUUCGCGAGAGCGAUCUCACAGCCGGAGAGGUCAGCGCGCCUGAGCGCACGGCCCCGGAGAGUGAGGCGCCCGCCCAACCCAGCGCGCUUCAGGAAAAGCUGGAAGCCGUUGCCGAGCACUUGGAGGUGGUCGAUGAUCUGUCGGAUCGCCUUGCGGAGCUUGAACGUCGCAUGAGCACAGGUCAGGACUUUCAUCCCUUGGGAAGCUCAUCGCCUGGACCAGUGUCCGAGGUGAGCUUCGGAGGCGAGGCGCCUUUGAAGGUUCCCUCUGCUCCAGAUGUUGCUGCCAGCCAGCUGGGUGAACUUCAGCUUCGAAUGGACGCGAUGGAUCUGAAGAUGAAGUCUGUCCAGGAGGCCACUGCAACGAAGCACAGCAAGCCUGACGGGAAGGUGGAAGCGGACCUUCAAGCACUGAGAAACGAGCUCGGGAGUCUGACCUCCCGGCUGGGUGCAGCCGAGCUGGAGUUGAGCUCUGCCACGGAGGAGCUGGCAAAGAAGGCAGAGGCCUGUGAGGCUUCGCCCGCUCCGGAGUUGGCAGCCCUGCGUUCAGAGCUGCUGGAGAAGGUCAAAGAGUUCAACGCCGGCCAGGACCAGUCCAAACGCUCGGCCGCCACGGCAGCUGCAGAGGUCAAGGAGGUCCGGGAUGACGUCGUCCUUCUGUCUGAGAAGGUCGAUGCCACGCUCGAGGACCUCCAAGAAGGGCUCACGGCCGCGAAGCAAGCCGUGGAGGCAGCGAUGGCACCCAUCAAGCAGGAGCUGAAGGAACUGCGAAGCCGGCUGCCAGAUUCGGCUGCAGAGGAGAGCGCGGAGCAGGCAUUGCUUGAGAAGCUGGAGGAGAUCGAGCGCAAGAUGAAAGAGCUGCAGACUUCACAGACUUCGACCUCGAAGGCUCCUGCGAAGGAUGGCUUGGAGGAGAAGCUCUCGCAGCUGGAGACGGCCUUUGCCAGGAUUGAAGAGGCCAAGCCGGCGAGCAUCGAUGACACCGUCAUCGUCGAUCGCCUGGAUGCCUUGGACAAGCGCAUGGACGAGGACCUCCAGCGGAGCGUGGCAGCGCUCGAGAAGCUGCUUGGAGAGGAGAUUGAGGCUAUCAAGACGACUCUGAAAGAGCAGGUUGCAGCCCUCAGCAAGCGCUUGGAGGUUGCCGCCGCAUCGCUUCGUUCAAUGCAGGAAGACUCGACAAAGCAGGAGCAAGAGCAGCUGACCCAGAUGGAGGAACUUCAGCGGCAGCUCCUCGAGCUACCGGAAACCUGCGUGGCCACGGUGGACUUCGUGGAGUUAAAGGAGCAAGUCAAGCAGGUGGAGCUGAAGGUCUCAACAGGGCUUGGCGCGAGUUUCGUGCCCAGUGGCGGAGGAGACGCCUCCGAGGACGUGAAGCUCCGAGCACAAGUGCAACAACAGGUGCAGGAGCUCGCCGGGCAAUUGUCCGCCGAAGUUGCAAAGCUGGCUCAGCACCACAAGGAGAUUGCGGACACCAAGACCACCGUAGAGGACUUGGCGACGCAGCUCAAGGCACAGCCGGCCCAAACAGAGCUGCCCGAAGCGGGUCACUCGGAGGAGCUUGCUAAGCUGCGCAACGACUUCGGCGAGCUGGCUGACCGCCUGGCUUCGACCGAGACCCUCUCUUCAGCGACCAAGAAGGAUCUAGAAGCGCUCCUGGGCCCACGCAACAAGAUCGGAAUCAGCAUGGGCGCGGGCAACGACUCACCGUUGGCGGAGGUACGUGGCCGGCUCGACCUGUUGUCUGAGCAGGUAGCAGAGCUGCAAAGCAGGCAUGAGGAGAGCCACGCCGGAAGCGCCAGCCUGAAAGGAGCUCGCAAAGACUCUGUGGCCAGCGCCGAUGGCAGCCUCAACUUCUCUCUGACGGAGCAGACGGAGCGACCAGGUGCACCAGGCGACAGCUUGAACUUCUCGCUGACCGAGCAAACGGCCAAGGGAGACUUCUCUUCUUCGGAGCCCUUCGGCAAGAGACCAGCCGGCAUCAGCCUGGAGGUUGCCGAGGAGGACUCUGAUUUGGAUGAAAUCUUGUCCGCGACAGACUCGCCCGUCGGAGUUCCGGGUCAACUUGCAGGCUUGGCGGAGAUAGCAGGUCCUGCGAAGGACAGCAUCGGAGAUUCGAGCGGCCGUGGAGCUGCGACUUCCGACGGUCCUGGAGGUCGGCCCAGACCUGCUCCACUGAAGACGGAGGAGGAGAAGUCCCUCCCAACCGUUGCAGAGGAGACAGAACUUGGGGAGCCAACCCCGACUUCCAAGGGCAGCACGGUAGGCAAAGCGAGGAACACCAAGUCUCCAGCUGCUGGUUCAGCCUCGGCAUCUGCGGACUCUCCGAUGAACGGCUCUGGUGCUUUGGAUGCCAGCUCAAGCCAGGUCAGUGCCUCCUGCAAUGAGAUGAGCAUUGGCAUGGACUACAGCGUGGAGCUCUCCACGGAAUUGGACGAGAAGUGCGAUUUCGUCGAGGUCGUGAGACCUGUCGCCAAGCGAGGUUUGGCAGGUUUGGGGGUUGCAGGCACCGUCGGCACCAUUGAGGAGGCUGCCGAGGAGGCGGAGGAGCCUCCAAGAAGUGGCGAGAAGUCGGAGACGUCGGGGCAGCCCAAAGAGCAAGUCCCAGCGGCUCCGCUGGAAUCGGCACCGGAUGCGUUGGAUGCGUUGGAUGCCCUGAUGCCCAAAGGUGAGGCAAAGAAGCCCGAUGCAUUGGAUUCGUUGAUGAGUUCUAAACCUGACUCGCGCCCGGGCCCAGCUGGCCCUGUGUUGGUCCCAUCGCCGAAGGCGAAGGAGUCCAAAUCCGAGAAGGAGGACGACGAAUACGCAGAUGCUUCGUUUGAUGGGAGCAUGUCUGUGCCGGAAUCCAUUAACGAAGAGGCCAGUGGCAGCGAUGCCUGGGGCAGUGAGGAGGAUGUGUGA